AGAGUGUACUGUAAUACUUAGCUGCCACGGUCUGCACCACGUCACUCACUCACUCACUCGCCCUGCCCACCUGGCCCAUCUACUGAUACAUAUUUGAUGAUACAUGACACAUACAAGGACCCUGCCUGAGACCAAGGAGGGUGCUGGUGUUUGCUUGCUUAGCCGGCGCGAACGCGAACGAAGAUCGACCAACUUAGUAGAAAGAUAGGGAAAACCCGAGAGUAGGGGUUCCAGGGCGACAGGCAGAAGCACUUGAAGAAGGCCAGUCUUCCCUUCCCGACCGACUCAGAAGUGAUGGUCCGGUCCGAUCCACUUACACCCGCCCGCUGUCUCUCAUCUGGUGGACAUCGUCCAUCCCAGUUGGCCCUGGCCGCCUGCGAUUGAAGAGGGUAGCAUCGAUCAGACGACCAUCUUGCACGCCCCCCGUUCGUCCUGACCGUUCGUUCGGUCAUUCGGUCGUUCGGUCGUUCAUCUGCCUCUUCCCGCGGAUCAGACUAAAUAGCUCACCCACGCCCACUCGCCUGGCUCACACACACAACACCCUGGGGCCCAUCCCCCGUUUGUUAGCAGCAGCAGCAGCAGCAGCAGUAGCCACUGCAGUUUGUCGCAAGAGCGGCGUCUUUCCGAAGUCGGGCUGGCUCUGGCUCGUGCAGUCGGCUCAGGUUUCUCGACGAAGCGAGCGAUCGUCCAUCCAAAAGUCCAAAAAGCUGCCCUCCCAUCCUGGCAACCCCGUCGCAACCCCGUCCACCCCGUCCACCCACUCGGCCAUUGGAACCUCGAGAUUGCCUGCCCCCAAAACCCACCCUUCCACAUCCACUCUUCCACCCCAGCAGGACCUGACAGAACAAACCCCCCCCCCCAGCUCGAACCUGGACCGCAACGACCGUGUUUUCGCUGCUCCCAUGAUAGCUUUAAUCUCGCGUAUUUUGCAGCUGCUCGGCUGCUGACGGCCAACCAAUUUUCCCACGGCUCCCUCCUCUCGAGUCGACUUGUUCCUCCCCCCCCCUCCUCCCCUUCAGAGAACACACCCCCAAUCCCAGCAUCCACACCUGCACACCGAGCAUUCCUCUUGGGGCAAUCCUCUCAACGUCAAGCUAUAUACCUCGUGCCCCGGCUUUUUUUCUCCCCUGGACGGCGCCCUCGCGAACCAACAACAAGACUGCAAGACCCCGUCACUGUAUAUCCGUCCUAGUCGUCCCGGGCCAACCGUUCAUUGAAAUCAAAAACCCCCCUUCCAAAAGUGUUACAUCGAUUGGGACGAGAGCCCCGCCCAGGGCACAGGCAUACGGAAUUUGAACCACCCCUCCCUCAAUCAACCUACAACAAUCCCUUACGUUCUGCAGCAAAACACCUGAACCGAGCGUCACUGCUUCUGCUGGGUGUGACUCGUAGCGAGAGUCCUUGCGCCGCCGCCCCCUUCCUGUCUGCCCCCUUUUCCCUACGCAUCGGUCCAUGAUGGCGGAGAAGCCCUCGGUGUUGAUCAUUGGAGGGCUGGGAUAUAUCGGCCGCUUCCUGGCCCUCUACAUCCACAAGAACGACCUGGCCUCCGAGGUCCGCGUCGUCGACAAGGUCCUGCCGCAGCUGGCAUGGCUGGCUCCAGAGUUUGACCAGGCCUGCGCUGGCGACAAGUUCCUGCAGGCCGACGCAAGCAGAGAACAAGCAUUAGCCCGGAUAUUCGACCGAAAAGACGGGAAGCAAUUCGACUACGUAUUCAACUGCGGCGGCGAGACUCGAUAUUCACAGGAGGAUGAGGUGUACAAGCUGCGCUCGCUUGGCCUGUCGCUGGCCGUCGGCAAGGAGGCAGCCAAGCGGGGAGUGAAGGCCUUCAUUGAACUGAGUACGGGCAUGGUAUACAAGUCAGAUUCUGCGACGAGCAAAGAAACCGACAGGACAAAACCAUGGAGCAAGAUUGCGACGUUUAAGCUGCAGGCCGAGGAGCAGUUAGCAAAGAUACAAGGUCUCAACCUCGCCAUUAUCCGCCUCGCCCACGUCUACGGGCCCUACGCCUCGCAGUGGGUCGCGACAGCGCUUUGUAUGGCGCGUGUCUACAAGGCGCAGAACGAGGACAUGAAGUUCCUCUGGACGAAAGACCUCCGCACAAACACAGUACACAUCGACGACGUCGUGCGGGCACUCUGGUCCGUGGCAGAGUGGUACGCGGCCGGCAAGAAGAAUUGGGACGACAAGGCCAUGGGCGGGCCGGUACCGAUUUUCAACGUCGUGGACAAGGGCGCCACCACGCAGGGCAAGAUGGCCGAGCUGAUCGGCUCGAUAUUUGGCAUCAAGACGGGCUUCCAGGGCACAUUGAUCAGCAGCUUUGCCAAGCUCAACAUGGAUUCCGUGGUCGAGGACGUGAACGAUGAGCUGCUCGGCCCCUGGGCGGACCUCCUCGAGGCUGCUGGCAUCACGAGGCCAGGGCCGCUGACGCCGUACAUGGAGAAGGAGCUGCUCAAGGAUACCGAUCUGAGCAUGGAUGGCAGCAGGCUGGAGAAGGUGCUGGGCUUCGAGUACCAAAAUCCUCAGGUCAACAAGGAGCUAUUGGAGGAAGUUAUUGAGAGUUAUAAGAAGAUGAAGUGGUGGCCGUAGCGAGCAGCCUUCAAAAAAGACACCCUAGGGAAUAAAGCAACAGCUUGAACAAGGAAAACCGACGUAGGACUCGUGUGGCCGAGGGUCAUGGGCCCAGGAUACCAGCCAACUCACCAACGAAACAACCCCGGGGAAAGAGGCGACAGCGGGGAAGAACCAAACCUGACAGAAACCCAACAUCGUCUCUUUCUGGACACGACAUUGCCCACGGAGAUGGAACCCAGCCACGCCAAAGCCUGAAGUCUCCCCGAAUCUCGAAACUCGCAUCUUGCCGGGCGCUGGCACCUUCGAAUUGAUUGGGUCGGCCCGCCCCCUGCGCGAACACCACGGUCCAGAUCCUUUUUCCUUGGCUUAUAAAUGUACCAUUAUAACAUCCGGUUUCCUUUCUGGUCUCCUGGUCUGCUCGCCCGGGCCAUAUCAUCGUCCCCGUGCUUACGCACACACCUCGAGGCGGUCGGAGAAGUGAAGAACAUGGUGGCACGCCGCGGUGGCGUGGUCUUAAGAGGCUUUCAAAAGAGGUAGAUGUGUGUAGCCACACGAGGAGAGCAAGUGAGGUCAAAUGAAAAGAGAGAGAGAGAGAGAGAGAGAGAGAGAGAGA